UGUGGUUUCAGCGCAGCAUGGCUGUGGUCAUCCGCUUGCAAGGUCUCCCAAUUGUGGCGGGGACCAUGGACAUUCGCCACUUCUUCUCUGGAUUGACCAUCCCUGAUGGGGGCGUGCAUAUUGUAGGGGGUGAACUGGAUGGCCCACUGUGUGACCGUGGUUCAGCUGUCCAUUUCCUGUGACCAUCUCAUUGACAAGGACAUCGGCUCCAAAUCUGACCCACUCUGUGUCCUUUCACAGGAUGUGGGAGGGGGCACCUGGGCUGAGCUUUGCCGGACUGAGCGGGUCCGGAACUGCUCAAGCCCUGUGUUCUCCAAGACUCUGCAGAUUGAGUACCACUUUGAGACUGUCCAAAAGCUACGCUUUGGAAUCUAUGACAUUGACAACAAGACACCAGAGCUGGGGGACGAUGACUUCCUAGGGGGAGCUGAGUGUUCCCUAGGUCAGAUUGUGUCCAGUCAGACUCUGACUCUCCCCUUGAUGUUGAAGCCGGGGAAGCCUGCCGGGCGGGGAACCAUUACAGUUUCAGCCCAGGAGUUAAAGGACAGCCGUGUAGUAACCAUGGAGGUGGAAGCUAGGAACCUGGAUAAGAAGGACUUCCUAGGAAAAUCUGAUCCAUUCUUGGAGUUCUUCCGCCAAGGUGAUGGAAAGUGGCACCUGGCAUACAGAUCUGAGGUAAUCAAGAACAACCUGAACCCGACAUGGAAGCGCUUCUCAGUUCCUCUUCAGCAUUUCUGUGGUGGGGACCCCGACACACCCAUCCAGGUACGCUGCUCAGACUAUGACAGUGACGGGUCACAUGAUCUCAUUGGUACCUUCCACACCACCUUGGCCCAACUUCAAGCAGUCCCGGCUGAAUUUGAAUGUAUCCACCCUGAGAAGCAGCAGAAAAAGAAAAGCUACAAGAACUCUGGAAUUGUCUAUGUCAAGACUUGUCGGGUAGAAACAGAGUAUUCCUUCCUGGAUUAUGUGAUGGGAGGCUGCCAAAUCAACUUUACUGUGGGCGUGGACUUCACUGGCUCCAACGGAGACCCUUCCUCACCUGACUCCCUGCACUAUCUGAGCCCGUCAGGAGUCAAUGAGUACCUGACAGCACUGUGGAGUGUGGGCAGUGUGGUUCAAGACUACGACUCAGACAAGCUGUUUCCAGCAUUUGGAUUUGGGGCCCAGGUACCCCCUAACUGGCAGGUCUCACAUGAAUUUGCCUUGAACUUCAAUCCCAGUAAUCCCUACUGUGCAGGCAUCCAGGGUAUUGUAGAUGCCUACCGUCAAGCAUUACCCCAAGUUCGUCUCUAUGGCCCUACCAACUUUGCACCCAUCAUCAACCAUGUGGCUGGGUUUGCAGCCCAGGCUGCGCAGCAGAGAACUGCCUCGCAAUACUUCGUACUGUUGCUUUUGACUGAUGGCGCUGUGACAGACGUGGAGGCCACAUGUGAGGCUGUGGUGCAAGCCUCAAAGCUGCCCAUGUCCGUGAUCAUUGUGGGCGUGGGCGGUGCUGACUUUGAGCUCAUGGAACAACUGGAUGCUGAUGGUGGCCCUCUUCGUUCACGCCGUGGAGAAGUAGCUGCCCGUGACAUAGUGCAGUUUGUGCCUUAUCGACGGUUUCAGAAUGCUUCACGGGAGACAUUAGCACAGACUGUACUUGCAGAAGUGCCUACUCAGCUGGUUUCCUACUUCAGAGCCCAAGGUUGGGCCCCAUUGAAGGCACCUCCAGCUCCAGCCAAGGGCCCUGCCUAGCCCCCCCAGGCAUAGGUUGUUCCCUUGGAGAGUAGGCUAUGGUCAGUCUAUUUCAGCCUUUAGCUCACUCAGUCCUUUAGGCCGUGGACCAACCCUGCACAUUUUUCCCGUAUAGUUGAUAUGUUUAUACUUGCUUCUGCUAUUGCUGCUCUUGACCAACCUACCUGCCCUGGACCCAUCUUAUUCAGGAAAGACUUGUAUAAAGAUCACCCCUUUCUUGGGUUUACACACUGGUAUAGACAGCCUUGUUUACUUUGACCCGAGUCUUUGUUGGCCUUGGCCUUGUUGAGUGAAAGUCUGAUAACCCUAUCCAAGCAAAUUGGGUCUAAUCACCCCAGAGACUAACUUUGAAAACAAAGUUGGUAUAUAAAGUAAGCAUGUGGUUGUACCUUCCUCUGGGUGUAGCUGAGCUGGGAACAUGGACAAGAUGGAAGGUGUUAGAGGUGGCGAAGCUGAGAGAGUGAGGGCUACUAGACCUCCUGUGCUAGGUUUGUUCCCCUGUUCUUUGAGAACACUUGUGUAGCCCAGGCUGGCCUGCAGUUCACCAUCUGCCUUAACCUCACGGACGCUGGAAUGUGCUACUGUGUCUGGUUCAUAGUCCUAAUUUUUUUUGUUUUGCUUUUUUUUAUUUUUUUUUGACUUAAGGUCUCAUGUAGUUCAGACUGGCCUGGCUCUAUAUGUGUAGUCAGGGAUGUCUUGAAUUUCUGGUCCUCUUACCUCCAUCUCCUGAGUGCUAGGAUUAUAAACAUGCCCCACUAUGUACAGCUUAGUAGCUUUUUUAUACUAGAGAUUUAACAUAUAUAUAUUCAUUUUGUAAAAACUUUAUAGGAGGGACAAGUCUUAACCACAUUGCCCAGGCUGACUUCAGACUCUUUGGACUCAAGAGAUCCUCCUUCCCUAGCUAAUGGAGUCAAUGAAAUUAUGGUACACUUGGUGCCUGGUUUGGAAAAACAGAUUUUCUUUUGUAGGGAGGAAGGGAACUUUUAAGUGCAGAAUUAAAAUUUCACCCAAUCUGCCAGUCAGUCAUGGUUGUGUACAACUUGAAUCCCAGCACCCAGGAAACAGAAGUAUUUUAAAAUUUGUUUUCUAAUCUGAUAAAACAUUGUUUAAAAACUGGGUGUGGUGGCACAUACAUUUAAUCCCUGCACUCAGGAGGCAGAGGCAGGUGGAUCUUUUGAGUUUGAGGUCAGCUUGUUCUACAGCAAGAGAGCAAGAGAAACCCUGUGUCCAAAAAAAAAAGGAAAAAAGGAAAAAAGGGUUUCAAAUAUCAAUAUCACAUAAAAAUAGUUGCCUGGGCAAGUGGUGCACACCUUUAACCUCAGCACUCACGAGGCAGUGGUACUCGAUACUUUUUGAGUUGAGGCCAACCAACCUGGUCUACAAAGCUAGGAGGACUGUUACACAGAGAAACCCAGUCUCUGGGCAAGGGAGGAGGGGAGAUAAUGGGAACAAUGAUUGGUGUCAUGGCUGUGAUGCCAGCAUUGGAGUCAAGGCAGGUGGACGGCUGCAGGUUUGAUGUGGACUCACACUAUACUAGGAGUUUCAGAUCAGACAAAAGAACUUUAAAAUAUCACAUAUACUAUUUGUAUCUGGUUUGCAUUUAUUUUGGAUGCCUUAUCACAACUGCCUUGUCUCCUUUUCCAAGUCACCUUCUUCCCCAGAUCUCACAUUUUUAGUUUGAAUUUAUUUCCAUAUCUACAUAUGGCUAGGUGUCAUUCCUACCUUGACUUUAUUCUCAGUAGCCUCUUCUUGGGCUGUAUGUGUCAGAGUCUUCAUUCUGUUGUUCAAAGUAUUUUCCCCUCAGUUGUUACUGUUUCAUAUUUUUAUAUUCAAUAUGAAAAUUUUAUUUUUAUAUAUGCUAAUCUGCUUUUAAAAAUGUAUCCGUUUAUCAAUAAAUACUCCCUCAGUGGCUACA